GAGUUUUCCCAGUUUAUGUCAGCGAAGUUUCAUUUCGUCGAUCUUGCCGGGUCAGAAAGAGCGCAUCGUACUGGCAAUGUCGGAGAGAGGUUUAAGGAAUCUGUUCAUAUCAACAGUGGGUUGUUGGCUUUGGGAAAUGUCAUCAGCGCUUUGUCUGACAGCAAAAAAAAGGUGGAUUAUUUUUUUCUGAAACUGGUUUUCAAACUAGUUGGUUUUGAACUAUGAUACUGGCGUACUUAUUUAAUGUUUUUACUUUCGUCUCCAGGCAGGUCAUAUACCAUACAGGGAUAGCAAAAUUACAAGAAUUCUCAAAGACUCGCUGGGUGGUAAUGCUAGAACUGUCAUGCUAACAUGCCUUAGUCCUGCGGCGGCUGAUCUGGCUGAGAACCUGAACUCACUAAAAUACGCUACCAGGGUAAGUUAUGAUAUCAUACCAUAAUUAGCCAUAUCAUAUAGUAAUCAUACCAUACCAUACCAUACCAUACCAUACCAUACCAUACCAGCCAGACCAUACCAAUACCCAUCAAUACCAUACCACACCAUGCCAUGCCAACCACGCCAUACCAUACCAUACCAGCCGGACCAUACCAAUACCCAUCAAUACCAUACCACACCAUGCCAUACCAACCACACCAUACCAUACCACUCCAUACCACACCAUACCAUACCAUACCACACCAUACCAUACCAUACCAUACCAUACCACACCACACCAUACCAUACCAUACCAUACCAUACCAUACCAUACCAUACCAGUUGACAAUACCAUAACACACAACACCAUACCUUACUACCCACACCAUACCAAUACUAUCAAUACCAUACCAGCCACACUAUACAUACCACACCAUACUAUAUCACACAAUACCACAUCAUACCAUAUCAUUAUUUACCAUAACAUAUGUACUUACCUUGGGUGCAUUAUUCAGACCUAACAUCUACAAAAAACUGCUUGCUACAAACACGAUGUCUUGCUGUAAUUUAGGCACGGCACACCAAGACCUAACAUCUACUGAUAACUGCUUGCUAUAAACACCAUGUCUUGCUGUAAUUUAGGCACGGCACAUCAAGAACAAGCCCAUAGUCAACCGAGAUCCACAAGCAGCCAAGUUGGCAGAGAUGCAAGAUGAAAUUCAGGUCGGUACUUAUACAUUUAAGAGGCAAUUUUUUUCAAUGUCACGUAUUUGCCAUGAAAAGUGUUCAAAACCUAAAAUCUUUUUGCGUUCCUUUCAAAAUUACUUUGUUUUAUUUUUAUUCUCUAGUGAAUACAGUUAGCCGCCUUUUUAAAUGCAUCUGCCGGUUGAGAAACAUAAAAUAAUAGUCAAAAAUUGUCAACUAAAAUAUAAUUAUCAAUGAUGCUUUAAAAUUGACGCCAUGUUUACAGUCAUAUAAGCAAAACUUACUGAACUUCAGACAUCAUUUUCUCUUUGGCGUAUCAUCUAAAAUCUUUUCAUUUUAGUAUUAUUUUACAGAUAAAGCACUAAACAUACUUUUUAAGUUUGUUUGCCGAUUGAGAAACGUAUUGAAAAAUAAAAAUUUUGAAUUUAGUCAUAACCUCAAGUGGUAUAUUAUACGCAAUAGUUUUGAGCGCGUGUUACGUAACAUAGAAGAAAAACUCCUCUUAAUAUUAAAGGCCCCGUUUACAUGAGAAGUCAAGCCGGAAUGAAAAUUGAAAUUGUCAACAUGUUUACAUGAGACCGGUACGAAAAUCAUAAAAUUUCAAUUUAUUCCCCCUUGCCAGACCAUUUGCUUUUUUAUAAAUGGCUUUUGUUAGCAUGCCCCGCUUUCUGAAAAGGUAUCAAUUUCCCGUGCGUAAUACAAAAUGACUGGAAAACGGCAAAUUUCGCAGCGCUAUAUUAUCCGCAUUUUACAACAUUUUGCAACGAAACCUCGGAAUAUUACUAAUUUUGUGAUGCUCUUUCAAGCCGUGAUGAAAUUUUUGUCUAGACCUGCGUAGAUAAAAAUUUUGUUUACUAGGUUAUUAAUAGGUCCAUUUAAAGCCUGAAUUUAACACUUGAAUUUUACACCUGAAUUUUACACCUGAAUAUUGCACCUGAAUUUUACACCCGAAUUUUCCAUCUGAAUUUUCCAUCUGAAUUUUACACCUGAAUUUUCCAUCUAAAUUUUCCAUCUGAAUUUUCCAUCUGAAUUUUACACCUGAAUUUUCCACCUGAAUUUUCCAUCUGAAUUUUCCACCUGAAUUUUCCACCUGAAUUUUACACCUGAAAUCUACACCUGAAUUUUAACACCUGAAUUUUAACACCUGAAUUUUACAUCGGAAUUUGACACCUGAAUUUAAAGCCUUAAUUUUAGACCUGAAUUAUCGUUAAUUAUCAAGUUUUCUUCUGCAGGCAUUACGUGAAGAACUCCAGAGAACUCGAGCAAAAACGUUAGAUUCAGUGAGUGAUGUUGGCGAUGGUGUUAGAAAUAAGGAAACCAUGGAGGAAUUGGAGCGGUUAGUUCCUUUGUUGAAGUAAACCUAAAUUAAACUACCGGUAGCUGUAUAAAUACUGGUCCAGUAAGGAUCAUCUCUUAUUGGUCCAGUUUUACUACAAGAGGAAACUUAAACUAAACUAACUUUAUUUAUACUGGAUAGCUCUAUCAGUUCUAAAUUGUUCUUCCUAGAGAUCCAGUAAGGAUCAUCUCUUAUUGAUCCAGUGUUACUACAGGAGAAAACCUAAACUAAACUAACUUUAUUUAUACUGGAUAGCUCUAUCAGGUCUAAACUGUUCUCCCUAGAGGUCCAGUAAGGAUCAUCUCUUAUUGAUCCAGUAUUACUACAGGAGGAAACCUAAACUAAACUAACUUUAUGUAUACUGGAUAGCUCUAUCAUUUCUAAACUAAUGAUCCAGUAAGGAUCAUCUGUUAUUGACACAGUGUUACUACAGGAGGAAACCUUUAUUUAUACUGGAUAUAGCUUUAUCAGUUCUUUGCGAAGCAAGCUGAUUACGUACUCUCUGAUUGCGUUAACGUUUCAUUUCAGAACACAGCACGACCUUGACAUAGUGCGGAGCUUACUGGACGAAGCAACAACGUUGUUAAACGAUGUAUACAAGGCGAACGGUAUGAACAGAACACUGGCACAUCAAUAUGAGCAUCUUAAAAAACGUGUUGAGAAAUUCAAAAAAGGACAGAAAAUAUCACGACCAAACUCAGCUCAGAAACAUCAGAAUGAAAUUAUCGAGGAAUUGAGAAAGGAAGUUGAGAAGGUAUGUUGCUAGUUUGUUUCUUUCUUGGUUUGUUUCAUUAAUAUUCAUUUUGGUUUGGAAUGGUAUUCUGUGGUGUGGUGUGAUACGGUUUGGAAUGGUAUGUACAGUAUGCUGUGGUAUGGUGUGAUAUGGUGUUAUAUGUUGUGGUGCAGUAUGGUGUAUAGUAUGGUAUGGUAUAGUAUGGUAUGGUAUGGUAUGGUAUGGUAUGGUAUGGUAUGGUAUACUGUAGUAUCGUAUGGUAUGACAUGGUAUGGUAUAGUAUGGUAUAGUAUGGUAUAGCAUGGUAUAGUAUACUAUACUAUAGUAUGGUAUGGUAUAGUAUGGUAUAGUAUGGUAUAGUAUGGUAUAGUAUGGUAUAGUAUAGUAUGGUAGAGUAUAGAAUUGUGUGGUAUGUUAUGUUAUGUUAUUGAAUAGUAUGGCACUAAUGCAUUACACGUGGUGUGCUAUAUGAUGUUAGGUGUGCCAUUCUAAACGUUUGUUCUUUCUCAGUACAAAAACGACUUGGCAACAGACAAUGAAAUAUUCGCUGAACGGACAAAGGAAAGUGACAGUUUACGAGACCACAUCAAGGAACUCGAACAAGAGAACUUAAAUCUCAGUGAACAACUAAAAGAUGUCUUAGAAAAACUGAAGAAACACGAUGAACAACUGUUGAAGCAACAAGUUCAGUUAAAUAAACAGAUGACACCCCGAGAAAAUGGAAUUGUUGAUGGUAUGGAGUUAGCCUUUUUCACGAUGACGAAUAUCCGCCAUUUUUGGGUAGCAUCCAAUCCUCGUUAACCAAUGCAGACAGUUAAAACAAUGUGAAAAGCAAUAUUUCAAAAUAAACUAACCAUUUACAACGCAAAUUUACCAUCAUUUGUCCAAAAAUUAUAAAAAGUCGCUGUUAUGUGGACUUAUCUCGCAGACUUCGGCUGAAAUGCCACCCAAAAAUGGCGGCGUGAGGAAGGCUAAUUGGUUGAAUUUUUUAUAAAUAAUGUUGCUGGCAAAGUAGUUAGGCGUGCGUGUGUCUUUCGUUACUGGGAUUUCAUUCUUGUGGUGUGCAGUUGUUUGAUUACAGUUUUGGCCAUUGAGUUUUGGCACAAUUCCGUUUGAGAAGAUUGUUUAAAGUUUGAUUCGGCAAGAUACUGCUGCUUGUGGUAACACUGGAUCAAUCAAGGUGCCCCUUAAAGUACUCGAGCUCUAGGGAGAACAAUUUAGAACUGAUAGAGCCUAACAAAUUGAUUUUAAUUUAUCACUACAUGUAUGGUAGAUGAAUCCAAAGAGAAUGUAGGAAAGAAACCAGUAGAAGACAUAGCUGCACAACGAGGCUCCCUCACGUCAAGUGGAGGAAAG